GGUGGUUAAGUGCUUAGUGGGGUUCGCGGGUUUGGGUAAUUUUUUUUUUUGGGGGUAGAGUGAAAUUUUUGAAAGGAAAAUGCCACCAAAGAAACGUGAAAAGGAACCUGAAACAUCAAAAAACACAAGAAUGGAUCAGAUUCAGGCGGAUCACGAAUUAUUUCUGCAAGCAUUUGAAAAACCAACACAGAUCUACAGAUUUCUGCGGACCAGGAACAUGCUAUCGCCUGUUUUUCUGAACAGAACACUUAGCUACAUGAAGCAACGCAUGUCUCGCUCUCAUAAACAUCGUAAAGGGUUUAAAGUUGACUGUUUAUUGGACAGAAUUAACAUGAAAAACAGAGAAAUGCAACCUGGUAAUCUUGAGGGGUAUAUGACCCUCACUUUUCUUGGAUUCUAUGAUAAGAAAGUGGAUACACAUCAAGAACCAGUAAAAGUAGAAACUCUUCUGCUUAAAAUUUGUCACAAAAAGAGAAAAGAUGUGUCAUCUCCUAUAAUGCAGAUGUCAGUGGGCAUCAGUGAAGUGCCCAUUAAUCCGUCCGAAGACCACCCUCCUCCAAAAGCUCCGACAAUAUCAAUACCAACAGAAUCAUUUAAUCUGUCGAAUGGUCAUCUGGUCAAGUCAUAUGUAUUGCUUUUGCGAGUUUCGUGUAUUUCAAAUGGUUUACUUAUGUCAAAUGGAGAUGGAGACACAGAACCGGCACAGAAGAGGAGGAAGUCAUCAGGUCCAGUAAAGGGAUUGUUGGAAGACACAAAAUUAUUUGGUUCUGAAUUAAUAGUUUAUGAUAAACAUAAUCGUUGCCUUCUGACUGAUGGUGAUUAUGAAUUGGUACUGCAGGAAGUACAAGCCAAUGUGAAGGGGUCACCAAAGAAACUAUCAUCCUGGGAAACCAUUGGUGAGAUAAAGGAGGAUUGUGGACCAUUUGAAGUGUUCAGUAAAGGUCCAACACUUAAAUUCCGUCUUAGUUGGACAACCGAGCCUAGUAAUGGACUAGUAGAUCGGCCAAAACCUCUCCGCCCCCAAGACCAUUCCCUGGACUCUAGCAGUAAUAAGGAGAACAGACCUGAGAGAUGCAAUAACAACAACAGCAACAUUAGCAAUGGCAACAGCAGUAGUGGGAGUAAUAACAAUGGCGGCAGUAUCACCAAUGGCACUGCCACAAGCGCCACAACUAUGUCUGUAAGUGGCGGCAGCGGACGGGUGUGCCAAGUUGAGGAGCCACAGAGGUUGCAGAUAGUCUACCAGUUCCUCUACAACAACAACAGCCGACAACAAACAGAGGCCUGUGAGGACCUUCACUGCCCCUGGUGUUCUUUGGAUUGUGUUUCUUUGUAUGCCCUUCUAAAGCACCUCAAGCUCUGUCACUCCAGGUUUACUUUUACAUAUGUGCCAAUACCACAGGGUGCUCGCAUUGAUGUAGCUAUUAAUGAAUGUUAUGAUGGGUCAUAUACUGGGAGCCCUCAUGACCUCAUCUCACAACCUCCAGGAUUUGCUUUUUCUCGCAAUGGUCCUGUGAGGAGGACAUCUGUAUCCAACAUCCUUGUUUGUCGUCCAAAACGACCCAAACCUAGCCUGUCAGAGUUUCUGGAACUUGAUGAAAAUGAAUUUGAUGGACAACGGCCCUACAUUACAGGCCAUAACAGGCUGUAUCAUCAUACAACUACAUGUUUGCCAAUUUACCCAAAAGAAAUGGAUGUUGAUUCAGAAGGAGAACAUGAUCCUAAAUGGCUGCAGACUAAGACAAUGAUGAUGAUUGACGAUUUCACUGAUGUCAAUGAAGGCGAGAAGGAACUGAUGAAGAUGUGGAAUCUCCAUGUUAUGAAACAUGGAUAUGUUGGUGACUGUCAGAUACCAUUAGCUUGCACCAUGUUCCUGGAAGUCAGAGGACAAGAACUGCUGCUCAAGAAUCUUUAUCGCAAUUUUGUGCUUCAUAUGUGUAGUCUGUUUGACUUUGGUUUGGUUAGUCCUGUUACUUUGUACACGACAAUACAACGUUUACAGGACCUAAUUGGAGAAAGUGGUGAGGUGAAGGAGGUCUUACAGAAUUCAUGGCAAGCUCAAAGGCGACAUUGGCUGGCUGGAGACAGUAAUGGACAGAGCAACCAGCAGGAGAAAACUGGUUCUGUUGAACCCAGUCUCAGAAGGAAGACAAUGUUGCAGUCUAUGCAGAUGGGAGGGGCUCAACAGCAUAGUACUACAAAGGGUCAAAUGAUGUCACUGCAUAGCCAAGGGAGGAAGUCCACACCAUCUUGCAGCAGUCUUCACAAAGGACAAGCUGCAUCCAAUUCUAUGGACUCUUCUCAACUGAAACGCAAAACCACACAAACUUCUACUCAACAGUCUUUACCUCUUGGUAAUAUACAGCAGAAUUCGUUGAAAGGACAAACGUUAGUGGGGUCAGGAGAUUCUGUAGUGAUGUUGCAGCAGAGGAGGAAGUCAGCAUCAAGUUUAGUCUCCCAAGCAAAUGUUGGUGGAGGAGAGUCCGUACUGCUGCAGCAGAGGAGAAGAUCUCUUGGUCAGCAGAAUACUGCAACACAGAGUCAUUUAGAAACACUGCCACCUUUAAGAAGAAAAUCUUUCCAUCAGCUUACUUCCACUUCUGAUCAGAGUGGUAGUAAAAGUCAAGUUUUGGCUUCACAUAACUCUCAAGGCUUAGUGUCAUCACUUGUGCCAGAAGUGGCCGCUCUGUCUCACAGAAGGAAGUCCACAUCAGGACAGAGUUCUGAUGUCAAUCAUAUGCACAGUACUCAUUCCAGCAAAAGUAAUGGAAGCUAGCCAGAUAUGUGUUCAUUAGUGUGUUAAAUUAAAGGGCUACAUUGCAUUGCCAGAAGUGUUGUUUGCUGUGGCAGUUGGACAUAGCAUAAAGUUCACUGAAUUAUGAAAAUCUUGUUCAUUUCUGAACAUAUGAACAUGCCUUUUCCUUCGUUACUUUGUAACUUUAUUGUUGCCAUUUGUGUUCAUAUUGGUUCUGGAACUUUUGAAGAGCAAUGUCCGUGUUUCUGUAUCGUGUCAUGACCAGUUCAGAAUUUAGAAUGUUCUUUUGGCCCAUGUCAGAACAAAAGUUUUCAAUGAAGAAAGUUGUCUUCUGGGUUUAGGCACCGUGUAUUCUUCGUUUUGGCCGAC